AUGAUUCGAUUUUUCAGUUAUUCCCGUUUCACUUCCUUCUUCCUCCUCUGUUCUUCCUUACUCUGCCUUUCCCGCCUUCCCCUGCUUCCCGCCAGAAUCAUACCCGACGCCGUAACCGUUAUACCCGAAACCCAAAACGCCACGUGGCACAACUUCGUUCGCCUGAUCGACGCCGGUAGAGGAAGCCAGCUCAGCGGCGUGGCCGACCUCAAGCGCUACUUCCACCGCUUCGGCUACCUCGAGGGUACCAAUUUCUCGAGUUUUGGGAAUUCGGGUAGUAAUUUGAAUUUCUCCGAUUUGUUCGACGGCCAAUUGGAAUCCGCCGUCUUAUCCUACCAGCGGAAUCUGGGAUUGGCGGUCACCGGGAAGCUUGACUCGGACACGGUAUCAGCAAUCAUGUCGCCGCGCUGCGGCGUCGCCGACUCGUCUUCCCCUCCUUCGCCGUCGAAGCUGCACGCGACGAAGCGGUUCGCGUACUUCUACGGCCGGCCGCGGUGGCAGAGGGGGGAGACGAUGACGCUGACGUACGCUUUCUCGCCGGACCACAGGGUGGGGUACUUGAGCGCGAAGGACGUCCGGCGGGUUUUCCGGCGGGCGUUCGACCGGUGGUCGGCGGCGAUUCCGGUGAGCUUCCGGGAGUCGGAGGAGUACGGGUCGUCGGACAUCAAGAUCGGGUGGUACCGCGGCGACCACGGCGACGGGGAGGCGUUCGACGGCGUGCUUGGGGUGCUGGCGCACGCCUUCUCGCCGGAGAACGGGCGGCUCCACCUCGACGCGGCGGAGACUUGGGCGGCGGCGGACGAUUUCGACGGGGUGACGUCACGGGUCGCGGUGGACCUGGAAUCGGUGGCGACCCACGAGAUCGGUCACGUGCUGGGCCUGGCCCACAGCUCGGUCAAGGAAGCGGUUAUGUAUCCGAGCCUGAGCCCGCGGAUGAAGAAAGUGGAGCUCAAAGUCGAUGACGUGGAAGGGAUCCAGGCGCUUUAUGGUUCAAACCCGAAUUUCAAGUUCAAUUCUUUGUUGGCGUCGGAGAAUUCUUCGAAUUCAAACGGUGUCGGGAUGAUGGGGGUUCGACGAUCGUCGGCGGCGUGGAAUCAUUUCGCCCUGCUGGUCUGCCUCUCCGGCAUGCUCCUUUCGUGUAUAUAA